CCACUGCCCAGUAGGAGAGACAACAGCUGCUGUUAUUAUUGGUGAAUCUCUCGACUGUACAAGACUACACAAGAACCUUACAAGAAAUGGGAGGAUCCAGUUCAAGCCGCAGCAGUGAGGUGAGAAUCAAACACUCUCUGAUUAAAAAUAAGGAGGAGACGAAUUGAAAUGAAAUGACAUGAAGACCAAGUAAAGUAUAACUCUUAGCAUUUAACCCAUCCAAGUGCAAACACAUUAGGAGCUGUAAGUAGUGAACACACACAUACACACACACACCAGAGCAAUGGGCAACCUUUUUGGUUGUGGCACCUGGGGCACAGUUGGAGGUUCGGUGCCUUACUUAAGGGCCCCUCAGUCAUGGAUAUUGAAGGUGAAAGAGUUGGUCAUUCAGCUUUCACGGGAGCCAAACCUAGAGUUGAACACGUUGGGUUACAAGUGAUGCCUGAUACACUAAUGAGGUGCCAAACAUUGCAUUCCUGGGUUUUGGAGGACAAAGAGCCAUAGUGGAUUUGAUGGGAUCCCUGGUUCAGCUCCAUAAUAAUGAGGUCCCAUUACUGAGUUCUGCUACUGAAUUACUGGGUUCUAUAGGAAGACAAAGAGCCAUGGUGGAUAAUAUGGGUGGAUCCAGUUCAAGGUGCAGCAACAGUGAGGUGAGAAUCCAACAUUCUCUGAAUGAGAAAGAGGAGGCGUUUGUAGCCAGAAGGAAAAAAACUGUUCUACAAUGCCUGCGGAAGCUUCAGAUAAACUGUGACUGGGAUAACGUACCAAACAUUGCAUUACUGGGUUCUGGAGGAGGACAAAGAGCCAUGGUGGGUUUGCUGGGAUCCCUGGUUGAGCUUGACAAAGCGGGUCUUCUGGACUGCAUCCUUUAUCUGAGCGGAGUCUCUGGAUCCACCUGGUGCAUGGCCUCCUUAUACAAAGAACCAGACUGGUCCACCAAACUAGAGGCCGUGAAAAACAAAAUCAUUGAGAGACUCAACGGUCCAGGAGUGAGCAGGGGAGACACAUAUGAAAAGCUGACAAAAUACUGGGAAAGUACAGGAAGGGAUGGAAAAGACUUCAGCAUGACUCACAUCUGGGCAGCGAUGGUUAUCACAACAUAUGUGAAAGAGAUUGAUGAACACACACUCUCAGAUCAGUGGGACCAUCUCAGUAAAGACCCGUUUCCCAUCUACACAGUGAUCGACAAGCAAUGCAAACAGCAAGGAGAUGGAGACCCCUGGUUUGAGAUCAGUCCAUAUGAAGCAGGUUAUUCCCUCACUGGAGCGUUUGUGGAAACAUCCAGCUUUGGCAGCCAGUUUGACAAUGGCCGUAAGAUCAAGGAGCAGCCUGAAAUGGACAUGCUGUACCUGCAAGCUCUGUGUGGCAGUGCCUUGGCUAAUGAUUGGAUGAUUAGGAAAUUCCUCCAGAAAACAAUAAUGAAAG